AGGGAGCCCAGAAAUCUCCCAAGUCUCAUUCUCGACGUUUCCACCGAGCCUCGUUUCCUCCCGAACCCACAGCCCGAGCUCUCAGGCGGCCGCAGUCAUGUCGGUGAAGGUGGCGUUUUUGGCGGUGGCUCUGGCUCUGAUUGGCGCAGCAGCCGCAGCGGACGCAGAUGGAUGCUCAGCGCUGGCGUGUGCGUCCUGUGGAAGCCUUCCUGACUGCCAGUGGGUGAACUGCACCACAUCAAUUCCUGGCUGUCGCAAUAUGACUCUUAAUGCAGACAACGAAACCUGCAGCAACGCCAGCUGCUCAGUUGAUCAAAGCACAACAGUCCAGGCUGAAGGUACCUCCUCUCCUUCGACCGCUGCCCCUCCUACGACUCCUACCCCUCCUCCGACUCCUACCCCUCCCGCUACAGCCCCCCAUACCUCUGUUGUUACCACCACCACUAACAGCAACGCCACAGACAACUCGACGGCGUUUUCCACCAUUACACCAACCAGCAGUGCCAACACCUCCGUCUCCACGACUACACCCUCAAAUUCAACUGGAACCAGCGUGCCGAGCACCACGGCAGUUAGCCCUCACAAGAACUCCACCUUUGACGCCGCGAGCUUCAUCGGUGGAAUCGUGCUGGUCCUGGGCCUGCAGGCGGUGAUCUUCUUCCUCUACAAAUUCUGCAAGUCCAAGGACCGCAAUUACCACACCCUCUGAAGUGGCUGCACUUAAGGUUCCACAUCAUUCAACCUAGUCCCACCAACUAGACCCUUCCAGAGAAACUCCCCACUCAGCACACAUCCAUCAGGGCCGACUCAAACCGUGUUUCCAAGCAAGGCUUUUUUUUUUUUUUUAUCUUUUGAUGUUUGUGCCAGUUCUUGGUUUUGGCCUGCAUUAGUGCUGCCUUUGUAGUUUGUAUUAAGGCAACCACGCAUGCCUCUAUGUAUGAUAAUUCCCAUUACACCAACUUGUGCAUCUCCAGUGACGAGACUUUUGAGCCUUGAGCAUAUGGAUUACAUCAUCUGGUAGCUGCUCCCGCCUCCAUCACUCCGUUAGUCACUCUGCAAAGACCAUUUUCCAGCAAAUUGAGUGGGCUUGUGUUAUUUACAGCCCCUUUCGUCAUGCCUUCCUCAAUUAAAUCCACCACAGGAGGGUUACAGAGUUAGUCACGUAUACGGAGUAGCUUUCCUGUUGAUGCUUGGAAGUCGUACAGCUGCAGAGUGGUGGCACUGAUUUCAUUUUUUAAAAAGUCUUGAUUUGGAAACGCUGUUUGAGUUCACAGCUAUUCUUAAAUGUGACGACUCCGAUGAUUCAGUUUUGCUUUUAGCCUGUUCAGUCGUAGGUUUCCUCUCCUCCACGCAGCUGUAUCGUGUAUAUGUGUUUAUAGAUGAUGUAAAAGAGGCUGAGGCGCUUACAAGGGAAUAAAAGCAACACUCAAUCAUCUGAUGUCAGACUAAACAACAGGUCUUAUUCUCAUGGGAGUUUCUCUUGGCCUUUUAGAGUCCUUUGCAUUUUCUGCUGUUGAAUUCCCUCGAAAAAAGUUUCACCCCAUACAAGAUGUUAAAAAUGUCAACUGCCAGUACAGCAGCUCAGUGCAAUAAUUCAUAGAUCGAGUUCAUUUCACAACCAUUCAUGUCCUGAUCCGACCCAGUGGGGUUGCUAAUGUGGAGCUGGCCCCGUCCUCUCUGGAGUAAUCAGAAGGGGUCCAAAUUGUAGAAUAUUUCAUAAAGGAGUAAUUCAUUUGUUAAAAUGUACAAAGUGGAGAUAUAUAAACUGGCAUGCACCUUUCUAGACGUGGACAGUGAGAGCAGUGAAGUGCCUUUAGUGUCCAGGAUGACUUGGAGGGAGAGGAUGAAGAAGCUUUUCUUCCUGGUCGAGGCCCGAGUGUUGUCAGUAGUUUAUAUUUGUAAGCAAGAAACGGUAUCGCUGUGCUGAUAUUGGUGAGAACCGUAGUGUCCCAGCUGGACUGAAGCCUUUUAUCGUUACCAGUAGAUAGUUCUGACUCGCGGGCCUUGAUCAGUCCAGACGUUGUCCCUGUAGGUCCAGUAGAGGACUAUAUCCAGUGCAUGAAACCCACAAAUAAGUCACGUAAAGGUGCUCUCAGCUUUGUAGCAUCUAAUGCGGCCACCUGACGUUCCUCCCACCUCCAUGUUUCAGAACCGAGCUACAAACAGUGAGCUGGCAGGACAUAGGUGCGAUAAACCUGAGAGUGCUUCUUAUUUUUAAAAGAAAUGAAACAAUAUUGGACUUAAUUAAAAAUCUAAUGUAUUGGAGAGAGUGCAUUUAGAUUUAGAAGAAGCUGUUGGACUGUCUGAGUGUUGGUUUUGUCCGACGAGCGUUGCACCUCUGAUUUCCAGCUUUGCCGUGCUAAUGCGACGACUCAGAACCGAGUGCAGGAUUGCAGCAGCGAGGAGGCUGCGCUUACGCUCACGUCAAGGCCUCUAAUUGGUUAGCUGCUAACUGUGAUUUAAUUCCUCCUCAGUCUGUCCCUCCUGUACAUAGCCAUGUCCCGUGUUUGUCCAUCUUCUAGGUUUCACGUUAAGGAAGGCUAAAUGAAGAAGCGUUUUAUCAGAACCGUUUUGCUCGUAGCAGCUUGUCAGUGUCAGGAAUGUUUUGUUCAAAUGCCUUUUUGUUUUUUUUGUUUUUCAUUCUUGCAUGCUGAUGCUUGGAGUUGUGAUUUGAUUUCCUUCCAUUGCAUAUGUUGUUAGGGGUUUAGACACACUUAAAACCACUUGAUUAUUUGUGAUUAGCCCAUAUGCUAGUUGAAGGAAUGCCUUGAAACAGUGUGCAUUAAGCCAAAGGCCUCACUUUUGGCAUGGAAAUUGAGCAUUGCACUGACGAGCUUUGUUUUGUAACUUUGCCUUUAUAAAUGUCUUCAUGGUUCAGCUAAAAAACAGCAAAACAAAGAAAAAAAAAAAAAUCAGAUGCUUGUAUAAAUACUCAGUCUUGACUAUAACUAGGUAAUGAAUAAAUGACCACCCUGUUUUGUAUGAACACAAACGGUAAGAAAAUCAUGAUCGACGGUUUUCUUUUCUCUUUGCUUCUAUAAUUUGGGAUUCAGUGUUUACUGCUGCUCACCAUCAACACGCCUUUAACCUACAGUCACCUGGUGGCAUCAGGCUACAGCCCAAAGACCCGAGUGUGGCGAGUAGGCUAGAGAGCUGUUAGCCUUAGCUGCACCCAUUCGCUCACUCUCUGCAUGUGGAGUCCCUUCGGCCAAAUCAAGAGAAUAAUUUGAGUUUGAGCUCCGGCGGCUGAGCGGUCUGCUGUGUGGCCGCUGCGUCCAGAGAACGCUCUGCAUUCCAACAUGGUCGCUGCAUUCCUUAAGAACACAGCAUCACAUGUUGACGUUGUCCAAACAGGUCUGGUGUCCGUGGAUACCGAACGUCCACUGUGCUGCGUCUCAGCAGCUCCUCGUACAAGUUACCGACUCAGUCCCUGCACCUCCGAAGGAAAAGUGCCUUAUUCAGUUAGAAUCCAUAUGUAGUUGUGUAGGAAACCGAUACGCCACAUGUAUUAAAUAUGGACGGGACUCAGCACUUUCAGGCCCCUGUGAAGUGGUUUUCUGUGUCGUAUUCUGCUUCAAUGUCUGUUUUGUCACACUCAGCCUUAACUUCCUGAUCGAACCCGCAGAGCGUCUGCCUGUGACGGGCUGUCCAGGCCACGAUCAGGCUGCUGUUGCUUCAGAGGUUUGUUUGUUUGUUUGGAUGCGUCUUGAACUUCUGGAUCACGUUUCAGCAGCGUUUAACAGCCACACGAUAGAAUGAUAGUUUCACUGCUGCUAAGUGACUCUAACGGGAUGAAUGGCGUGGUUCUGAGCAGAGGAAGCCUGCUGUGGCCUGGACAGCUUCUCACCACCUCCACGAUGAUCAAACAACUCACUGGUCGUGUUGUAACCGCAGACCUCGUGUUCUUGAUUGCAACAUUUCCUCCACGCUGCAUAUCGCAUGACUUGAACUCCACUUUGGUUGUAAUAUGCGGUGGCUGCAUUGAAUGCCAUCUUGUGUCCACUAGGAUUUUAAAUUCAAACCUUUGCUUGGUCAUGGAGGGCUCUCCUGUUUUCAGCCUCGUUAGUGUUAAGUUCAGCGCGUGAUGAGUACCAGGCUUUUUGAUUCCCUCCUUUGCCUCGUGGCUUUAUGCUAAGUGCACACUCUGUAGUGCCAGAUCUUUUACCUGUUCUUUUAGAGGCCGUUCGUCUUGUAGGUACGAUUUUUGGUUUUCCUCGUCACCCCCGUCGCCACACAGCCAUAUGUAGACACUUGCAGGUGCCACAAUGCCUCCUCAGAUGUUUUCUGCUUGUUUUGUGUCCCCCUUUUUUCUUUUUUCUUUCCCCUCAAGCUGUUCUGUUUCUGGCCUUGUUUUCUGGUGUUGCCUUUAGUUUCACAAUGUUAAACCAAUAAAGUUUGAAUAUUGUUAAACAAA